AUGUUCUCUAUACUUAAAGUCCUGUCGCUCAUUUUAGCCAUUGCUACCACAUCCCUCGCGUCUCCUGGUCCGUUCCUCUCUCGCCGCUUUGCAUCACCGACCAUCCGUGACGCAUCCACGAACGCGGAGCGCUUUUCGAGGGGUAUGAACCCCCUCCCGCCCAGGACUUUGUAUAAUCCUACUCGUGUGCGCCGGUCAUUCCCGUCAUCUUCUCCGACGCUUGUUGCAAAGAUCGUCGUCUCCAACAAGGAUAGCGGUGCAACACUUGGUUAUAUGAGGGGAGCGACCGUGAACACAGCAACUUAUGCAACCACCUUUUCGUUCCGCAAUCCUUCCUCUGCGUCAGAUUUGGUCGAAUUGAAUGACUAUUCAAGUGGCCAGCACUAUGUCUUUGCUGCUUACUCGAAUGGGUACUAUGUCGGUCCCAAUAGCUACGAUUCAUUGAUGCUGGCUACCACUACUCUUUCUACACCUGCUGGUAGUGAACAGGAACCUGACUAUACAAAAGGACCUACGCAAUAUUCAGAGUCUACGGUCUGGUCAAUCAAUCCCGACACCGGCAUCGUCACAGCUUAUUGGGUCAAUUCUGAUGGUUCGCAAGAUCAGGUAUUCUUCCUUUCAUAUACCACGGCCGUCGGCACAACCACGUCAACAUCGCUCGUCUUCACCGGCGAUGUUGCCGCCUUCAAGGCCGAAUAUUCAACAAGGACGUAUACUGAAGUGACGCUCUCCGUAUCCCUGUCAUAA